UAAAAACAAGAUGGCGUCUUCAUAUAUACCGUUUAAACCAGAGGAGAAAUUCAAAGAUAUUCUAACAUGUUCUAUAUGCUUGGAACAGUAUACAGACCCUAAAGUGUUGCCAUGUUUGCACACUUUCUGCCUUGGCUGUACAGGACACUUGGGCAACACAGAAUCAGACUGGAAACAAGCUGCCUUGCCCAGUUUGUAAGGAAGAGAUGAUCAUUCCAGAUGGUGGCUUGAAAGCAAUUAAGCCAAAUUUUCUGCUUAAUUCACUGCAAGAUGUCUUGAAAAGCAUCUCAGAAGGAACAAAUGGACAUUUUUGUGAUAUCUGUCAUCAAGAUGGUUUAAACAAGAAAGCUGAUAUGAAGUGCCUAGAAUGUACAGAUAAAUUAUGUGGAGGCUGUGCGAAAGUCCAUUUAAGGCUUAAAUCAUCCAAGGACCACAAAGUCAUAGAGCUAACUGGAGAUAUCAGUGAAGACACCGACAAUGCAAUGCAAGUUCUCACUGAGCGAAGUAUAUAUUGCGAGAAGCACCCUCGUGAUGCUCUGAAGUACUUCUGUAAGGAUGAUGGCUGUGUUAUCUGCCCAACAUGUUACGUGACUGCUCAUUCUGGACAUUCAUGCUCUGAUAUUUUUGAUGAGGUGAAAAUAGACAGGAAAAGGCUCUGUCAACUUUUGGAUAUUGUUGAGUUACAAUGUGCCACUUAUCAGGCUAAUGUAGAACAAACUCAACAGCAGAAAAUUACGAGAAAUGACGAACUAAAACUCAAAAUCAACCAAGAUUGUGCCAAACUUCAUGAACAUAUUGAUGCGUACUAUAACCAACAACUUGAAAUUAUUGAAAAAAAGAAACAUGGUCUUAGUGAUCUAUUUAAAAAGUUGCAGAAAGAUGGACAGGAACUCGAGCAGUCAAAACACUUCAUCCAGAGUUUAUUGUCUCAUGGGCACGCAACAGAGAUUUUGAGCAUGAGAAAUGAACUGAACCAAAAGUACGAAACUGUGAUGAAAGAUGAUUAUAAUAGGUCCCAUGAAAUUCAGGUCCCUUCAAUUGAAUAUGAAUUCCAACAAAGCUCUUUGGUGUCGAGAGCAAGCUCAGAUGUACAAACGCUAACAUUAGGAAAGCUAUGUACUCCAGAGAAGUUGAGCACUGGAGUUUCACCAAAGAAGCUAGACAGUGGAACCCAUUCAAAGAAGUUGGACACAGAAGCCCAUCCAAAGAAUUUAAACAAUGGAGAUACAAAAGCAACAGUAACUGCAGCGACUGAUUUAUGUGAAGUGAAAGAGCCAAACAUUGUACAUACAUAUUGUGUUCCCAGAAAGAAUCCGGGAAAUGGGACAUAUCAUAUUCCUUCUAUUGCUGUGAGAACCAAUGGACAAAUAUGUGCAGUGAUGGAUUAUAACAACAUAUGCAUACAUGAUGCUUCAUUAACAAAGCAGAAUUGCAUAAUCAGAAUGCAAAAAAGACAAGGUUAUGAUGCUAAAUUCAAAUGUGCAACUCCUUUGAAUAAUAAUUACUUAGCCUGCCUUGAAAAGGAGUCCACGAUAUAUCUCUUUAAUGCAAGCAAUGGAUAUGCUAAGCAGUAUAAUAUUACUGAAAAAAUUCGAAGUAUUGCCACAUUUGAAAAUGGUAACAUUGCAGUCAUGGAUAAUUCCAAGAUAUACAAGGUUGAUCAUUUCACAGGAUCAGUCAAACAAUACAUUGACAUUUCUUCCAUGACAGACCCUGUUAGUCUGGCUGUCAAUACAACAGAUAUUGUGGUUAUAGCUGACAAAGGUAAUCACUGUGUCAAAGGCUUUCAAUUCUCAUCUGGAAAAAAGGUCCUGACAUAUGGCUCAUAUGGGUCUCGAAAAGGGCAAUUGAAUGCCCCACGAGGUGUGUGUAUCGAUCGUAAAAACAAUAUUAUCAUAGCUGACUCUGGAAACAGGAGACUACACCAUAUAGAUGGUUGGGGUACACUGUUAAAUUGUUUUCAGUUCAAUGAAGACAAACCUGUGUCUGUAGCAAUCUAUAAGGAAGGACACAUCUUGUGUGGCACAGACAGUGGAAAGAUACAUGUUAUAAAGUACAUGUAAAGUACAUCUCAAUUUUUGACUUCUCAGUUUGGGAAUAUCAAGAGAAGUUAGAAGAGAUAGGGAUUGUAAAAAGCUAAUAAUUAGAGUGUAAAAUCUUUUGAAAAAUCAUGCCAUUAUUAUGACCCCUAUAAUCAAUUUUUUUUUUCUGAAGAAAGAUUCAGACGUCAAAUCAUAGAAGUUAUUGAACAUUUAAUUCAUUAGAACUGAAAUAGGGGACAUUCCCCUUU